AUGUGGAAGCUGGUAUUCAGCCUUCUAGUGGUUGUUGGCAUUCUGAAGCAAGGUAAGCCCUGUGUGUACUGAAAUUAAUCCAUUGGCAAAAUAUUGUCAACAGAUGCUGACUGCAAUUAAUUCAUCUCCUCCGAAAACUUCAGUGAAUUCAGCGGUGAUGGCAGAUACUGUGGUCAAUAAGGAUGAGGCCAGUGGCGGUGGAUCUGGCGAUCAAUCGGGUGACGGUGGUCACACUGGUGGAGACGGCGGUUCCGGCGAUGGCGUCGGCGGUGGAUCUGGCGAUCAAUCGGGUGACGGUGGUCACACUGGUGGAGACGGCGGUUCCGGCGAUGGCGUCGGCGGUGGAUCUGGCGAUCAAUCGGGUGACGGUGGUCACACUGGUGGAGACGGCGGUUCCGGCAAUGGCGCUCAGAACUUGUGCCUAUCCGGCGUUCAUACCGUUGCAGCGCUACUUGUUCUCGUUCUUUGCCUACAUUAA